AUGUUGUUGGCAGACCUACUUAGCAUGGCUCUCCGCCUGGCAGAGCUGGCGUUUGCAGCCAUUGUGGCCGGCCUCUCGGGCAGCUACCUGCACUCGAUGCGCGGCACGUCGUCGUGGCACCUGCGGCGGUUCAUCUAUGCCGAGGUGGUGGCUGGACUUUCGAUCCUGCUGUCGAUUGUGUGGCUCUUCCCGUUUGCGGGCAGCUUCAUCCACUGGCCGGUCGACAUCGUCCUGGCGGCUACCUGGUUUACCGUGUUUGGGCUGCUGGUCAACUGGCUGCACGGUUCGUGUGGCUCCGUGUUCGACUGGCACGGCAUCGCGCUGCGUGGCAGCGCAGCCUGUCCGAAGUGGAAGGCCGACAUUGCCUUUAGCUUCCUGUCGGCCAUCUGCUGGCUCGUGUCGGGCCUGCUGGGCAUCUACCGGGUCCACCGCCGCCGCUCGGCUCCCGCAGAGGCGCAGCAGCGCCGUGGACGUUGGUACCGAGCGCGUGUAUGA